AUGGGAGAGGAAUUAAUUAAAUAUACCUUUUCGACUUCUCAAAAAAUCUUUGCCGACAGUUCUAAGAUUGGUUUAUCGAAGAUCGAAAGAAUUGAAAGCAAGAGGAAAGAACUUGAACGAGAGCAAGAAGCUUUGAAAAAAGCCGUCUGUAUGGAAGCUACUAAGAAAAUUUUGAAAAUGAACGUUGAUAUAAGAGAGCUUCAAAGCGAUUUAUCAGUUUUGAAAAGCUGGUCAAACCAAGCUGCAGUUUUGAACGAAAAAAAAAUUGAAGCUUUCGUAAUAGUCACCCUGUACUCUAACAUUUCCCAGUCGCUAAAGACAGGAGAAGGGUUUAUUUUUUCCACCAUUUGUAAUGGUCAACUAGCUACUUUUAAAAUAACUUGGGAAGUCGAUAACGAAAACUCUUGUGUUUUUGAAGUUAUCAACGGGUACAAUAUACGCUCAGACCAAAAGAACUUUGAGAUCAAACUGAAACAGCAAUUAGACAGAAAAUCCAAUUUUUUAGCCUUUAUCGUAAAGGUUAUUUGGCCAAUGUUCGAGAAUCCGUUACUCUUUUAG